GGGGCGCUUUGCGGCGGUGCCGCUUCGCGGCUGCGGGAGGCGGCGCUUCGCGGCCGGGCCCGAUGAGCUUUUACGACGCCUUCCGCGGCUUCUUCGGGCUCCCGGGGGGCCGCAGUUCCCGGGAGCCGCUGUUCGGCGGAGCGCCGCGGGACGAGGACGGGGCCGAGGACGCCGAGGGCCCCCCCCGGCCGCCGCCCCCCGAUGGCUUCGGCUUCGGCCCCGGCGGCGCCCUGGAGGAGCUGCUCCGGGACGCGGGCGAGCUCCUGGACGUCUUCGGGGGGGCCUGGGCCGGGCCCCCCCCGGCCAUAGGUGGGAACGGGACCGGGGCUGGGCUCGGGGGUGGGGGGGGGGGGCUCGGCGGAGCCCCCAUGCCCGGCCUCACCCCCCCCCCCCCGCCCCGGUUGUGCCCCGCAGAGCCCCCCCUGCCCGACCCCGGCCCCGGGCGGCCGCUGCGCGACUCGAUGCUGAAGCACCCGGACGGCCCCGAGGGCGCCCGAGACCCGGCCCGGCCCUGGAGCCCCCUCCCGGGGCUGGAGGACGCUCGCCCGGCCCCCCCGGAGCGCAGGGAGGACCGAGAUCUGGACUCGCAGGUGUCCUCGGCGGGGCUGGGCACCAUCCUGAGGCCCGACGAGCCCCAGCCCCGCUCCUACUUCAAGAGCGUCUCCGUCACCAAAGUGACGCUGCCUGACGGGGCGGUGGAGGAGCGCCGCACCGUGCAGGACAGCCACGGGCGCCGCGAGACGACCGUCACCCUCCGGAGGGGCGACCAGGCCUUCGUCACCACCACCAAGGAGGACGGGACGGGCAAGGACUACCGCGAGGAGGUGCUCAACAUGGAUGACCGGGAGCUGGCGCAGUUCGCAGGCACGUGGCCGCAGCAAGACGAGCUCCGCGCUCCCACCCUGAGCGACCCCUCGUCCGUGCUGGGCACCUUCUUCCGUCGCUGGUUCUCCGGCUGGUAGCCCUGCCUUCCCGCUGGCCGCCCCCGUGGGUCAGGUCCUGCUGGGACGCAGCGGCUGUGCUGGGGGCUGCCCCCCCUUCUGGGGCACCGCCGCCUUUUGGGGGCGAGCGUGUAUAUGUGUACAGAGCAAUAAAGUCUAUUUAUGCUAA